UUUAUUUAUAUAAAAAUGCAUUCUUUACGUUUAUUGUGGGCUGCACAUAAUGAGAAUACCUGGGUGAGGCGUCAAAGGCGAUUUUCAUCAAGAAGACAUAUGGAAACGAUUGAAGAUAUACCGGAAUUGUUGUUUAUACAACAUUUCAGGCUUGAUAAAAAAACUUUUCGACGAUUAUGCGACGAACUAAAAAGAUAUACUGGAUUGAAAGGAUCCAAUGAAAUUUCCCUGGAAGUGAAGGUGCUGUGUACUCUAAGCUUUUUAGCCACAGGGUUAUACCAGACAAUUGUAGGUGUGGGACAAUAUUUGACACAGCGGACUACAAGUCGCUGUGUCAGGGAGGUUGUGAAUUCUUUAAAUCACAAUUGGAUGGUCAGCAGGUGGAUAGUGUUUCCACAAACACCACAUGAGAGAUCUUUAAUCAAAGAGAAAUUCCAUAUAAGACAUAAUUUGCCUGGAAUUAUUGGGUGCAUUAAUUGUACCCAUAUAGCUAUAGUAAGACCAGAGGAGGAUGAAUAUUCAUUUUUUAAUAGAAAAGGAUAUCAUUAAUUAAAUGUUCAAGUGAUAUGCGAUUUCGAUUUAAAAAUAGUUAAUGUCAAUUCAAAAUUUGGUGGUGCUACACAUGACUCCCACAUAUGGUCCGCUAGUCAUGUAGAGACUUUCAUGCGAGGGCUUCAUGAAAGUGGUGAACAUGUUUGGUUAUUAGGGGAUUCUGGAUAUCCACAGCGACCUUGGUUGAUGACGCUUAUACUAGAUGCUGAACAAGGGUCCCAAGAAGAAAUAUAUACCAGACGUCAUGUGCAAGCCAGAUCUCGCAUAGAACGAUGUUUUGGAUUACUGAAGGCUCGUUGGAGGUGUAUGCUUUGACACCGUGUUCUUCACUAUGAGCCUUACGUGGCUAGCAGAAUUAUUAACGCAUGUUGUGUAUUGCAUAAUAUUGCAAUACAUGCUAAACUACCUGCUCCAACAGAUAUGCCAGCUGAGGCUCUUGAUGGUAGUGAAGAUCAAAGUAUACAGCAUAACACCUCUACAACCAACACUAAUCAAAACGAGUUAAUUCGAGGAAGGGCUAUGUGAAAUUAUCUAGUCAGUAGAAUGCAGCAUUCUACUGACUAGAUAAUUCUGUCUGUAUAUAAUUUAUAGUUUCAUUUUAUUUAAGCUUAAGUAUAUUUUUUUAAGUUAGUAUCAAAUGAAAAAGAAAAUAAUAAUAAUAAUAUAACAAUUUUAAUAAGUA